AAAAAACAAAUAUAAUUCGCCAAGGCGCGUUCGCAGUUCGUCGUAGUUCCGCCAGUUUAUAUAGGCAGACUAACUAAUACCUGCAUACGAUCAACGGAAGUGAAAAGUUCGCGUUUUUCUCACAUCGUUUUCGUUUUGUUUUUUUUUUGCAUUUUCCGUCCGUUAGACACAAUUGUUUAAAGCGCCACAAAAGGCAACCAUUGUAAGCCACUUGGCCCGCACUGACUGACUGUCUACCUGUCUGACGUCUGUCUGUCUGUCUAUCUCUCUGUCUGUCGUCGUAUCGGAUCAGUCUGUAGAUGGGUCACUCAGUCAGUGGAGAACUGGUCGGGCUAUCUCCUAUGUGUGUAUCAGCGACGUCGCAUUUUGGAAAUGAAAUUAGAAAUUGAAAAUAGCUCAUUAGCGAAUUGGCAUCAUCCGUGGAUAUGGCUGCAAACGGUUUUCAAAUCGAUUCCACCCAAUCUGAUGGUGCGAUGGCGGAACAACACUGACGCCAUGAUCGAAGCCCAGUAUCCGACAGCUGGUGAAUUCGAAUACAUGGAGUGUGGUCCAUCGCCGCCGGCGGAGAGUGCGCCGAGCAUGUACGAUAGCUUCGAGGAGCCAACGAGCGAGCUGAGCGUUCAAAUCUGCAACGAUACGCUACGGAUCAGUCUGAUCGAUCAGAUCAAGAGUGCGGCGGGCCGGGUGCGCCUGCUGGAGGACAUUGAGCAGGGCAAUGUGGUCACUGAGAGUCUGGGCAAACACUUUGAGACCGCCUCGAAGCUGGAGAAGAAUCUCAGCUAUUUGUGGGCAGCAUUCCUCAAGCGCUGGGAUCUGAUCGAGGCUCUGCUUGCAGCUGGUGCCGAUCUGCAUUUUUGCGAUCAAAAUGGCAUUUCAGCCUUGCAUUUGGCCGCCUUCAGUGGGUGCCUGGCCACGCUGGAUCUGCUCGUGGCCAAGGGCAUGAAUGUUAAUCUGCAGCCCAAGUGCUAUACGCCGCUGCAUUGUGCCGCCUUUGGCAAUGCUGCCGAGGCGGCCAAGCUCCUCAUCAAUAGCGGAGCUCAGAUCACCAAAGAUACGAACAAGCCCAAUUGUGAGGAGAGUCUGCUCCACUGCGCCGUUCGCUCCAAUGCACUGGAGUGCCUGCAGCUCUUCAUUACCGAGGGAGCCGAUGUGAAUUCGCUGAAGCCGAAUGGCACCAAUGCCAUACACCUGGCCGCUGAUCUGGGGCAUCUGCAGUGCUUGGAGGCGCUGCUGAAUGCCCCGAAUGCCGAUGCCAAUGUGCGCAUCUGCAUCCGUGAAAAGGAAUCGACGGCUUUGCAUCUGGCCGCCGACGAGGGCAACGUGGAGUGUGUGGAUCUGUUGUUGUCCAAGGGCGCCGAUGCUAAGCUAAAGAAUCAUCGUGGUUUCACGCCACUUCACCUUGCCGCACGCACCUCCAGCUUGGAGUGCGUCGAAUCGCUGCUCCGCAAUGGGAAUGCGGAUGCGAAUGCCGAAGAUUUCGAUCAUCGGACACCGUUGCAUGCUGCAGUGGGUAAAUCGGAGAAUGCCUACGACAUCAUGGAGACACUGAUCCAGUGGGGUGCCAAUGUCAAUCACAAGGACAUCUAUGGCUUUACCGCACUCCAUUUGGCCGCACUCGAUGGUCUGGUGCAGUGCGUCGAGAUGCUCAUCUUUCAUGGCGCCGAUGUAACCACAAAAUCUAAGAAGGGUACCUCCGCCCUGAAUGUCAUUACACGCAAGACGCCAGCCUCGGUGGCCAUGAUACGACAAAAACUGGACGCGGCCAUCACACUGCAUCAUUCCCAGGAUCCCGUGAAUCGCGAGGUGGAACUGGAGCUGGACUUCCGUCAGCUGCUGCAGCAUUGUCAUCCGCGUGAGAUUAGCUACUUGAAUACGUUCGUUGAUGAGGGCCAGAAGGAGAUACUGGAGCAUCCGUUGUGCUCAUCCUUUCUGUACAUCAAGUGGGGCAAGAUCCGAAAGUAUUACAUCGGUCGCCUUAUCUUCUGCUUCAGCUUUGUGCUCUUCCUCACGCUCUACGUGCUGACAGCUUUGGCCCACAACUGUUACAAUGGCAGCAAGGAUGACAAUACGACCAUCCAGGCACAGGAGCUGUGCCAGAAGCAGUCCAUAUUGGGCGAUAUGCUGCGCAACAAUCCGUUUGUCAUGGAAAUGCAAUGGUGGGUUUUGGUGGCCAUCACCAUAGUGGAGAUAUUCCGUAAACUAUAUGGGAUAACGGGCUACUCCUCGUUCCGGCAUUACGUGACCCAAGUGGAGAACAUCAUGGAGUGGUUUGUCAUCACCAGUGUCUUUGUCAUCUCGUACAUAUACACGAAGCAGACGUACACGUUCCAGAAUCACAUUGGCGCCUUCGCCGUCCUCCUCGGGUGGACGAAUCUAAUGCUGAUGAUUGGCCAGCUGCCCGUCUUCGAUGUGUAUGUGGCAAUGUAUACUCGGGUCCAGGGGGAGUUUGCCAAACUGUUUAUGGCCUAUUCGUGCAUGUUGAUCGGAUUUACGAUUAGUUUCUGUGUCAUCUUUCCGUCAUCGUCGUCGUUUGCCAAUCCUUUCAUGGGUUUCAUCUCGGUGCUGGUUAUGAUGAUUGGCGAACAGGAUCUGUCGCUGCUUAUCAAUGAUCCCGAUGGGAAGGAUCCACCUUUUCUGCUGGAGGUCAGUGCACAGAUCACCUUUGUGCUCUUCCUGCUCUUCGUGACGAUCAUUCUGAUGAAUCUACUAGUGGGCAUUGCUGUGCACGACAUCCAGGGACUCAAGAAGACCGCGGGUCUUUCGAAGCUGGUGCGCCAAACGAAGCUGAUUAGUUACAUUGAGUCAGCCUUAUUCAAUGGGUAUUUGCCGACAUGGUUGCGUAAUCUGCUCCAUUAUACGGCGCUUGUCUCGCCGCAGGCAUAUCGCGUGGUGCUCUGCGUCAAGCCACUGAAUCCCAGCGAGAAGCGAUUGCCGCGGGAUAUUCUAAUGAAGGCGUACGAGGUGGGCAAAAUGCGCAAACAAUUCGGACACACAAUUUCAUCAAAGAAUCCGGCCGAGAAUUAUUUGUCGUACAAGAAUAAGUACAACAAUAAUAAUAGCUGUAUAUCCACUAAUGGAUAUGCGCUGCCCGAUUCGGAUCCCGAUUCGACGCAGAUGACCACAUUAACGAGCAAAAUCGAUGAGAAUGCCGAUCGCAUUGAGUUCCUCACCCAGGAGAUUCAGGAGCUGAAGCAGGUGCUCAUCUCACAGCAGCAACAGGCGAGCAAAGUGAUCGACAAGCUGCUCAUCGUCAUCUCCAAUCAGCAGAAGCAGCAUCUCCGCAAGUAACUGGAGUACACACGAUGCCAUCUACUGAUAUUACCUAUAUAUAUUUACAUAUAUAUAUAUAAUCAUCUAAAUCACCAUUUGCUACACAAUUCUUAGGCCUUAGAUUCUUCUUGAGUGCGUGCGAGUCACACGCUGACCCGAAGAACCCGAAAAAAUUGUUGAUAUUAUAUUGUAGUUAGUAUAUUUGAUAUUUGAAGCGAUCGACGCUCCUCGACAUAAAUCCAUAUGCUAUUUAGCCAUAUACGAAAAAAACUAUAAUUUACCUACAAUAUACAGUAUAUAUAAAGUAUAUAUGCAUAUAUGUAUAUAUUAUAUAAAUAACUAGUUGUUUAGGCUACAUUAGAGGCGAGAAGAUUGGCAGGUUUGAUUGAGUCUAUGUCUGUGCCUGGUUUUAGGCUGUGUCUUUGUUGUUUGGCGUUGUCGCACGAGAAGCGUUAAAAUGAUAAUUAAAUAUGCAAGUUAUAUAUGUUUUAUAAUAAUAAUAAUAAUAAACUAUCCAUACAACUAUUGUUAUAACUA